UUGUUUGAGGUAUCUUCGAAAUGAAGGUUCAAGUUCUCUUUAUAUUUGUCCAAUUGAUAAUUUUAGUAGCUACUGAUGACUUAUUUUCUUCUAUUGAAGACUUAGAAAGAUUGUCUUUCAAUGAGAAGAAAAAUAUUAAAGAAAUUGAAAAACUAAUUUUGAAGUUGGAAGAUAAAACUGAAAAGUUAAAAAGAAAAGUGGAAGUUUAUAAAUAUGAAAAUAAUUUAAUGAAAGAAGAUCCUAUGAAAUAUAUCGUCAAUCCUUUAAAUGCCUUUCUAUUAAUAAAAAGACUUUCUUAUGAUAUUUUUAAAAUCGGCAACAUGCUGUCUGACAUUACACAAGAAUUUGUUGACAAUUCAAAAGGAAUCCGAUUGGAAUAUUCUGAUUUUGAAGGUGCCGUUCAAGGUUUGGCACGAUUACAAGUCAUGUACAGCUUAAACCCAGAAGAUUUAGCUCAAGGAAUUAUUAAUGGUGAAAAAUAUCGCGAAGAAUUAACUGCCGAAGACCUUUUGGCACUUGGUGGUGAAUUGAUGAACAUUAAAAAUUAUUUAAUUGCAUUACCAUAUCUGAAAUUGGCUGAGGAGAAAAAUAAAAUCACAAAUGAAUUACCUGAAUUGGUGUUGCUUGAAGCUAUGCUUUAUAAUUACAAUCAGACUAAAAAAAAUGAAGAAAUGGUCGACAUCAUUGAUAAAAUUUUAAAUUUAGAUCCUCGUAGAGACGAUCUUAAGGGACAAAAACAGAGACUUGAAUUAAUUAUUAAAGCAUCUGAAGGAAAACUAAAAGAUCCGAGAGAACAAGCGAGAAACACUGGAAUGACUGAAUUUUUAAUAAUGAGAGAAACGUGCAGUGGAAGAGUGAAUCGAAGUGCCGAAGUAAUCUCCAAACUUCAUUGUCGAUAUGAUACUAAAACACCAUUUUUAAAGCUAGCACCUUUGAAGCUUGAAGAAGCAAACCUUGAUCCAUUUAUUGCCAUCUAUCAUGAUGUUAUGUCUGACAAUGAAGUCGACUUGUUCAUAUUAAAUUCACGACCGACAUUAUCGAGAGCGUCUGUGUUUGAGAAAGACGCUUCAGCCAAAGUUGCAGACAUAAGAGUGGCAAAGUUAAGUUGGCAACAUGAUAACAAUGAUAAAGUUUUCAAACGUUUGACAGAACGAGUUGGUGAUAUGAGUGGUUUGAACAUGAAAACAUCAGAAGCGUGGCAGACACAGAAUUAUGGAAUUGGUGGACAUUAUGAAGCCCAUUACGAUUUUACAACAAAAGAUUCAGCUCCAUUCACUGGAGGGCUUGGAAAUAGAAUAGCGACAGCAUUAUUUUAUUUGUCAGAUGUCGAACGUGGUGGUUCUACGGUUUUCCCUUAUUUGAGAAUAAAAGUUGAUCCGAAGAAAGGUUCAGCAGUUUUCUGGUAUAAUUUAAGCACAUCAGGAGAAUUAGAAUACUACACAAGACAUGCAGCAUGUCCAGUGUUGGUAGGAAGCAAAUGGGUCGCCAACAAAUGGAUUCACGAAUAUGGACAAGAAUGGAUGAGACCGUGCGAGUUGAAACCUGCACUAACAGAUGAAGAAUAUUAUAAAAAAAUGAAAAUUCUAAAAGUUUUCUUAAUAGUCGCUUCAAUCAUUUCUAUUGUUACAUCUGAAGAUUUGUUCUCAUCAAUUGAACAAUUAGAAAUUCUUUCAAGAAAUGAAGAUCAAUUACUCAAAGAUACUGAUUGGUUAAUAAAAAAAUUAGAGCUUUUAAUUGAACAAAUAAAAAUCAAUCAAUUAAAGGCACGGCAAGAGCAUGAAGAGAUGUUGAGAGAUUCUUUCACUUACAUUUUAAAUCCUUUAAAUGCUCUGCUUUUGAUCAAAAGACUUUCAUACAAUGUUAUUCAAACAGUGAACGCAAUCAAGUCAGUAGCUGAUCAGUUCUCUCGAUACACGGAAGACAUCACUUUACCCUAUUCAGAUUUCGAAGGUGCAGUUCAAGGCUUGGUGCGACUUCAAACGAUUUACAGCUUGAAUCCCGAAGACUUAGCAAAAGGAAUCAUCGACGGAAAGAAAUAUCGCGAUGAGUUAAGUGCGAACGAUCUUCUUGCACUUGGUGAAGUUUUAACUUACAGAGAUUUUGAUUUACCGUCAGUUUCUUUAAAUUACUUGAACUUAGCAUUGACAAGAAAUCAAGAAACGAACGAAAUUUCUGACCUUGUGAUACUCGAACAACUUUAUAGCAAUUACAAAAGUGCUGGUAACACAACAGAACUUGUGAAAAUUAUUGAUAAGAUUUUGGAAAUUGCACCUGAACGAGAAUAUUUGGAACUAGAAAGAAUUGAUCUUGAACUUUCUUUAAUUUUUGGCGAUAAAACAAAAGAUAUUGAUGAGAAGGAAUCACCACCACCACCACCACCACCACCACCAGCAGGUUUCAAUAAAAAUAAGGAAUUAAAAUAUAUUAUUGCAGCAUGUACGGGAACUGCAAAACGAACAGAUAAAGAACUUUCUCAAGUUCGUUGUCGUUAUGUUUCUAAAUCUCCAUUCUCAAAGAUUGCGCCAUUUAAAGUCGAAGAAGCAAGUCUGGAUCCAUACAUUGUGGUUUUUUAUGACGUCAUAUCUAAUGAUGAAAUUGAAAUCUUCAAGUCAACAGCUAAGGAAGGGUUGAAGCGAGCCAGUGUACUUAACCCAGAUUCAACAUCAAGAAUUGAUGAUGUACGAGUUGCUAAAUUACAUUGGCAAGCAGACACACAAGGUGGAGUAUUUGAACGCGUUUCUAAGAGAGUCGGUGACAUGACUGGGUUGAACAUGAAAACAGCUGAAAUAUGGCAGACACAAAACUAUGGCAUUGGUGGUCAUUACGGUGCCCAUUAUGACUUCACAACACCAGACGCAGCUCCAUUUCAUCUCGGAACUGGAAAUAGAAUUGCAACGACACUUUUUUAUUUGUCUGAUGUUGAAAAAGGAGGCGCAACAAUUUUUCCAUACUUGAGAAUAAAAGUUGAUCCGAGGAAAGGUUCGGCACUUUUCUGGUAUAAUUUAAGUACAUCAGGCGAUGUAGAAUACUACACAAGACAUGCGGCAUGUCCAGUGUUGGUAGGAAGCAAAUGGGUAGCCAACAAAUGGAUUCACGAAUAUGAACAAGAAUGGACGAGACCGUGCGAAUUGAAACCUGCACCAACAGACGCAAAUUAUUAUAAAAAAAACCAGGAGAAGGCCAAAGAAGAAUUGACAGAAAUGAGACGAGACAGCUACGAUUACAUCUUGAAUCCUUUGAACGCAAUACUUCUAAUCAAAAGACUUUCAUUUGACUUUUUAUUAACAGUCGAGUUGAUCAAAUCAAUAGCUGAUCAGUUUGCUAAAAAUGCAGAGAACAUCACUUUACCGUACUCAGAGUUCGAAGAAGCAAUGCGAGGUUUGGUGCGACUUCAAAACAUUUAUAAAUUGAAUCCUGAAGACUUAGCAAAAGGGAUCAUCGAUGGAAAGAAAUAUCGCGAUGAAUUAAGUGCGAACGAUCUUCUUGCGUUUGGUGAAGUUAUGAAUCACAAAGAGUUUGAUUUGCCGUCAAUAUCUUUGGAUUACUUAAACUUGGCAUUGACAAAGAAUCAAAUGACGAAAGAAGUUUCUGAUCUUGUCAUACUCGAACAACUUUACAGCAAUUAUAAAAGCAUUGGAAACACCACAGAACUUGUGAGAAUUAUCAACAGGAUUUUGGAAAUUGCACCUGAACGAGACUAUCUGAAACUAGAAAGAAUUAAUCUUGAACUUUCUUUACUUCUGAAUGACAAACCAAAAGAUGUUGUUGAGAACACAUCCCCACCACCACUACCACCAGGAAGUUUCAAUGAAGCAAAGGAAAACGAACUCAUCAGUGCAGUAUGUACGGGAACUGCAAAACGAACAGAUAAAGAACUUUCUCAAGUCCAUUGUCGUUAUGUUUCCAAAUCUCCAUUCUCAAAGAUUGCGCCAUUUAAAGUCGAAGAAGCAAGUCUGGAUCCAUACAUUGUGGUUUUUUAUGACGUCAUAUCUAAUGAUGAAAUUGAAAUCUUCAAGUCAACAGCUAAGGAAGGGUUGAAGCGAGCCAGUGUACUUAACCCAGAUUCAACAUCAAGAAUUGAUGAUGUACGAGUUGCUAAAUUACAUUGGCAAGCAGACACACAAGGUGGAGUAUUUGAACGCGUUUCUAAGAGAGUCGGUGACAUGACUGGGUUGAACAUGAAAACAGCUGAAAUAUGGCAGACACAAAACUAUGGCAUUGGUGGUCAUUACGGUGCCCAUUAUGACUUCACAACACCAGACGCAGCUCCAUUUCAUCUCGGAACUGGAAAUAGAAUUGCAACGACACUUUUUUACUUGUCUGAUGUUGAAAAAGGAGGCGCAACAAUUUUUCCAUACUUGAGAAUAAAAGUUGAUCCGAGGAAAGGUUCGGCACUAUUCUGGUAUAAUUUAAGUACAUCAGGCGAUGUAGAAUACUACACACGACAUGUAGCAUGUCCAGUGUUGGUAGGAAGCAAAUGGGUAGCCAACAAAUGGAUUCACGAAUAUGAACAAGAAUGGACGAGACCAAACCAGGAGAAGGCCAAAGAAGAAUUGACAGAAAUGAGACGAGACAGCUACGAUUACAUCUUGAAUCCUUUGAACGCAAUACUUCUAAUCAAAAGACUUUCAUUUGACUUUUUAUUAACAGUCGAGUUGAUCAAAUCAAUAGCUGAUCAGUUUGCUAAAAAUGCAGAGAACAUCACUUUACCGUACUCAGAGUUCGAGGGUGCAAUGCGAGGUUUGGUGCGACUUCAAAAUAUUUAUAAAUUGAAUCCUGAAGACUUAGCAAACGGAAUCAUUGAUGGAAAGAAAUAUCGCGAUGAGUUAAGUGCGAACGAUCUUCUUGCAUUUGGUGAAGUGAUGAAUCACAAAGAGUUUGAUUUGCCGUCAAUAUCUUUGGAUUACUUAAACUUGGCAUUGACAAAGAAUCAAAUGACGAAAGAAGUUUCUGAUCUUGUCAUACUCGAACAACUUUACAGCAAUUAUAAAAGCAUUGGAAACACCACAGAACUUGUGAGAAUUAUCAACAGGAUUUUGGAAAUUGCACCUGAACGAGACUAUCUGAAACUAGAAAGAAUUAAUCUUGAACUUUCUUUACUUCUGAAUGACAAACCAAAAGAUGUUGUUGAGAACACAUCCCCACCACCACUACCACCAGGAAGUUUCAAUGAAGCAAAGGAAAACGAACUCAUCAGUGCAGUAUGUACGGGAACUGCAAAACGAACAGAUAAAGAACUUUCUCAAGUCCAUUGUCGUUAUGUUUCCAAAUCUCCAUUCUCAAAGAUUGCGCCAUUUAAAGUCGAAGAAGCAAGUCUGGAUCCAUACAUUGUGAUGUUCUAUGACGUCAUAUCUGAUGAUGAAAUUGAAAUCUUCAAGUCAACAGCUAAGGAAAGGUUGGAACAAGCCUCAGUUUUCAAUGCAGAUGGUUCGCUUAGAGUUGACAGUAUUUCAAAAUUCGCGGUAAUGGCAAGAAUGGAUGAUUCAGAGCAUGAAGUGUUCAAACGUCUCAUAAAAAGACACGCUGACAUGACUGGGUUAAAUAUGAAGAGCGCCGAAAAGUGGAAAGUUCAAAACUAUGGACUUGGUGGACAUCACAUUCCACAUUACGAUUUUGUAAAAAGAGGAGAAGUUGUUCCCUUUGAUAAUGGAAAUCGGAUUUCAACAAUGCUUUUCUAUUUAUCUGAUGUUGAAAAAGGAGGUUCCACGGUUUUCCCUUAUUUGAGAAUUAAAGUUGAUCCCAGGAAAGGUUCGUCACUUUUCUGGUUUAACAUGAACACUUCGGGAGAAGAAGAUUACUUCACGCGUCACGCAGCAUGUCCCGUCAUGAUAGGAAGCAAAUGGGUUGCCACUAAAAUGACUCAAGAGCAUGGACACGAGUUUAUAAGGCCAUGUGGACUUAAGCACGUCAAAACUGAUGAAAAAGAUUUGUUUGUAGAUUUUUAGAACUUUUAAUCCUUCUUUAUUAAGUUCAACCAUGACGAACCGAAUAACAGAUAAUUAUUAAGUUUAUUAAGAUAGAACCACGAGAGGAGUGUGACUAAUCAAUUCUUUUAACAGAUUAGCUGAAAUAGAGGAAAUAAAAGAAAAUCGCACAAAAACCACAAACGACUCUAAAUU